CAUUUUCAGAAACGUCUGGAUGAUACAGACUUUGGAAAGUUGGUGCUAUGCUACAAAUCAAAGUUUCUGACAUCCUGAUAUCAUUUGAAUUGUUAUAUCCCAUGUUUAUUGUUAUCAAAAAUUUGAGUUAAACUUUGAAAGAUAUCGGAACCUUGCUAACAUUUCUCCAUGAAACUACCCAGUCCCUAAUUUAGUAUGAUCACUUGACUCACGACACAAGUGAGUUGUGUGACUAAAAUUACAUGAAUUAUAUCUGCAUUUAUUGAACAUGUUUAACAUAAAUUGUUAGCCAUUUAAAUAUAUACCACCAUUCAUGCAGCAAACCAGUGGCAACCAUAUACGUAAUAUACACAACACAGUAACAGUGGUUUUUCCUCCAGCAUCAUUAGCUCAGCCAUCAAUUGUUAACUUUUGGACAUCAGAUGUUAGCUUUUUGUGUACUACAAAUUUUAUAAGCCGAAACAUGUUAACAUCCUAUGUGAAAUGGUAGCAGUUCCAGUCACUGGUGUGAAGAAGAAGCCAUCUGUUAUUUGCAAGACCUUACUUGCUGGAGGAAUAGCAGGAUGCUGUGCGAAAACUGUUGUAGCUCCCCUGGACAGAGUGAAAAUUCUAAUGCAGGGCCACAACAAGUUCUACAAAAAUACAGGAGUUUAUUUGUCUCUCACUGGUGUAUAUAACAAGGAAGGGUUCCAGGGUCUGUAUAAAGGCAACUAUGUACAGAUGGUGCGAGUGUUUCCCUAUGCUGCCAUACAGUUUAUGUCAUAUGAACAAUAUAGAGGGUAUUUACAAAGAAUUACUCAUCAUGAUCAUCAUCAUUUGGUCAAUCUUUGCUCAGGAUCUCUGGCAGGCAUGACUGCUGUUUUAGCAACAUACCCUCUUGAUGUGAUGCGAGCAAGGAUAGCCUUCCAGCUUAAAGAUGAGCGGAUAUACUUCGGUGUUCUUGAUACAGUUAAAACAAUAUCACAACAAGAGGGCAAGUGGGCAUUGUUUCGAGGUAUCGUACCCACUCUUCUUGGGAUGGUUCCCUACGGAGGAAUUUCUUUCUACACUUUCGAAACUACAAAAACAUUCCUCCUGGAUACGUUCCCAGAUAUUUUUGGCAGUCCAUGUCCGAAAAAUACAGGUGGACUGGUGCUUAUUUUGCCUGCAAAACUGUUGUGUGGUAGCAUGGCUGGAGCAACAGCACAGUCUAUUGUAUACCCUUUAGAUGUCGUCAGAAGAAAAAUACAGUUAUCUACCAUGUUAUGUGAACCUGACAAGUACACUGACAAGUCCUUGUGGUCCAUAUUAAAGACAAUAUAUCAUGAGCAUGGGAUAAAGAAUGGUUUAUAUCGUGGAAUUACUAUCAACUAUUUACGUGUAGUACCGAUGACGGCAGUUUCGUUCUCGGUGUUCGAGACAAUGAAGCAGUUACUCGGACUGGACACGGGUGUUUCUAGAUGAUACCAGUCCAUGAGUAGUCAUCAGAAUUGUUCAUCAUUCCAGCAUUCAACACUUACCUGUUAACCUACAGAAUUCCCAGAAUCUGCUUGUCUAACUUCCAUUUUUGAAACUGUUCAUUAUUGAUUUUAGGGGUAUGUAUUUUGAAAAUUUGGAAGUUGGUCAGCCACCAGUAUUGAGCUUUGUCAUCAGGCUCAGAUCUGACAUUUGUAGAGGUUGCAUACAUUGGUGCAGUUUGGUUUUAGCCAUGUAUGGCUUGAGUACAAGCUUAGGUUUUAGAAAUUAAGUUUAUAAGGUACAUAUUAUAGAGUUUUAAGAUAUCUAAACUUAUGUGACUAGCAAUAUCAGGUAAGCCAGCAUAUUGGUGCAAUCAGACCAUACUCUUAACACUAGGUUCUCAUUUUAGUUUUGUAAUACUACAAUCUCCCCGACAGGGACUUUGGAUUCUUUCAUGUGAGGAAGCUAUCCAGCUAGCUUACGGAACGUCGGUGGUUCUACUCAGGUGCCCGUGUGUGCCUGAAAUAAUGCACUGAAGGGCACCUGAGGUCUUCCUCCACCAGUAAAGCUGGAACAUCGCGAUAUGACCUAUACUGUGUCGAUGUGACGUAAAACCCAAAACAAACAAAACUACAGUCUCAUUCAAUCUCAGAAACUAGCAAACAAAAUAUUAUGCAAAUUGAGCAGUAUAAGAGUAUAAGUAACUAAAUCCCUUUUUGGAAGAGGAGAUUUUUUGUUAUUUAAAGAAAAAAAGUUGUGGUUUGCUUGUGACAUUGAUUAAGCUGCUGUUACGAAUUAACACAAAAACUAUGCAAAAUUUAAAACAUUUAUUCUCAGAGUUUUUGAUAAAGAAAGAUCAUUGUCAUUUUUGGUCAUUUUUAGCUCGACUAUUCGAUAAGAAUAAGUAGAGCUAUUGCAGUCACCCGAGCGUCGGCGUCGGCGUAACCACUUAUGUUAAAGUUUUUGUAAUAGUUCAAAUAUUUUCAAAGUCCAUUGACAUAUGGCUUUGAAACUUUGCACACUUGUUCACCAUCAUGACCCCAACCUGUAGACAGGAGGAGGUAACUCUAUCAAGCAUUUUGACAGAAUUAUGCCCCUUUUUCGACUUAGAAUUUACGUUAAAGUUUUUGUAAUAGUUCAAAUAUUUCAAAGUCCAUUGACAUAUGGCUUUGAAACUUUGCACACUUGUUCACCAUCAUGACCCCAACCUGUAGACAGGAGGAGGUAACUCUAUCAAGCAUUUUGACAGAAUUAUGCCCCUUUUUCGACUUAGAAUUUACGUUAAAGUUUUUGUAAUAGUUCCAAUAUUUUCAAAGUCCAUUGACAUAUGGCUUUGAAACUUUGCACACUUGUUCACCAUCAUGACCCCAACCUGUAGACAGGAGGAGGUAACUCUAUCAAGCAUUUUGACAGAAUUAUGCCCCUUUUUCGACUUAGAAUUUACGUUAAAGUUUUUGUAAUAGUUCAAAUAUUUUCAAAGUCCAUUGACAUAUGGCUUUGAAACUUUGCACACUUGUUCAACAUCAUGACCCCAAUCUGUAAACAGUAGGAGGUAACUCUAUCAAGCAUUUUGACAGAAUUAAGCCCCUUUUUCGACUUAGAAUUUACGUUAAAGUUUUUGUAAUAGUUCAAAUAUUUUCGAAGUCCAUUGACAUAUGGCUUUGAAACUUUGCACACUUGUUCACCAUCAUGACCCCAACCUGUAAACAGGAGGAGGUAACUGUAUCAAGCAUUUUUUUU